AUGACCCCGCGCAGCGCAGCGCCCCAAGCGGCGCAGAGCUACAGCUCCAGGCUGGGGGCGCACAGGAAAACCGGGGAGGCCGCUGAGCUGCGCAAGACCCUCAAGCCCCUGAUGGAGAAGCGCAGACGAGCCCGCAUCAACGAGAGCCUGAACCAGCUGAAAACCCUCAUCCUGCCGCUCAUCGGCAAAGACAGCUCGCGCUAUUCCAAGCUAGAGAAGGCGGAUAUUCUGGAGAUGACCGUGCAGUUCCUCAGGGAGAUCCCCGCCCCCUGCCCCCCCGCCCCAGACCCCGCCGAGAGUUACCGGGAAGGAUACCGAGCCUGCCUGUCCCGCCUCACCAGCCUGCUGGCAAAGUCCCACCUCCUGGGUAGAGACUCAUGCAGCCACCUGCUGGAGCACCUGCAAAGGACCAGCACUGGGCCCAGCAGCUGCCAGGACUGCAGCAGCCCCACAGACUCAUGCCCAGCCUGGCGGAGGGCAGUGCCAGCCAGCCCGGCCAGGGGGCUGCGGGAGGUCUCGCCCCCUCACCCCCGAGCUGCAAAUCCAGGCAUCUGGAGGCCCUGGUAG